UCGCUGAAGAGGGAGGUCCUGACAACGCCGCCAUGUACGCUUGCCUCCAGAAUAUGAUGGCAAAUCACCUUAUGAAACCUGAUAUUAGAAAUUGCAAGAGAUCAAGAGAGUUGGAGCCUCAGAUGCCAGAUAGUCCACAACUAUCCUCUCUUGGAAAAUCAGAUUCCUCUUUCUCUGAAAGCUCUGGACUAUUUUAUAAAGAUGAAGCCCUGGAAAGAGAUUUGAAUGAUAUGAGCAAGGAAAUUAAUCUAAUGUUGUCUACAUAUGCAAAGAUCUUAAGUGAGAGAGCAGCAGUAGAUGCAUCUUAUAUUGACGAGAUAGAUGGACUCUUCAAAGAAGCCAAUACUAUUGAAAACUUUCUAAUACAAAAAAGAGAGCUGCUGAGACAGCGGUUUACAGUGAUUGCAAACACAUUGCACAGAUAAGAUUGUAUACUUUAAAUAAGCUGAGAAUUUAAACCCAUUGUUGUAGUGAAAGAAUGACAGUUAUGCUCUGAGAGCUUUCUAGUUGUUAAAGAAAACGUAUACCUUAAACAUAAGAAGGGGAAACUCCUUGAAUUUCUUUUCUAGAUGUAAAAGGGGCUUUAAACUGGAUGUUAAAAUGAAGUUUGUAGCUUUUCUUUUAAGGGUCAACUAUUUGGCAGAUUUCAUAAAAGUGUAUUACUUAAGUUAUAUAUGGAUUCCUUUCUUUUUUGCCCCUAAAUCUAGCCUUUCUUCAACUUCUAAAAGAGGGUUCAAUGAGUUAAUUUGACAAUGUUUAACAAUACUGCACUUUUUCUUUUAGAAUAUUUUGUUUAAAUAGCUGAUAGCU